CGCGCGCGGCCGGCUGAGAGCGGCCGGGCACGGGGUGGGCGGAGCGGUGGGCGCAGUGGGUGUCCGAGGCAGUAGGAAGCCGAGCGGGUCCGUCUGGGCCGCAGCGGCCGAGGUUAGGCUCUCUCUCUCCCCUCUAGCCCCAGCCGGCUGUCCGGAGAGCUCUGGAAGGGGGCCGGGGGGACCCGCCCCCGGCCGGCCGCAGUCAUGAACUCCAACGUAGAGAACCUGCCUCCCCACAUCAUCCGCCUGGUGUACAAGGAAGUGACCACCCUGACCACAGACCCACCUGAUGGCAUCAAGGUCUUUCCCAACGAGGAAGACCUCACCGACCUGCAGGUCACCAUCGAGGGCCCUGAGGGGACCCCAUACGCCGGAGGUCUAUUCCGUAUGAAACUCCUACUGGGGAAGGACUUUCCUGCCUCCCCACCCAAGGGCUACUUCCUGACUAAGAUCUUCCACCCAAAUGUGGGUGCCAAUGGUGAAAUCUGUGUCAACGUGCUCAAGAGGGACUGGACUGCUGAGCUGGGCAUCCGACACGUCCUGCUGACCAUCAAGUGCCUGCUGAUCCACCCUAACCCUGAGUCUGCACUCAACGAGGAAGCUGGCCGCCUGCUCCUGGAAAACUAUGAGGAGUAUGCUGCCCGGGCCCGUUUGCUCACAGAAAUCCACGGUGGUGCAGGCGGGCACAGCAGUGGAAGGCCUGAUGCCAGCCGGGCCUUGACCAGUGGUACUGCGGCUUCUUCCACUGACACCAUGGUCCCUGGGGCCCUUGGAGGAGCGGAGGGUCCCAUGGCUAAGAAGCAUGCAGGUGAGCGAGAUAAGAAGCUGGCGGCCAAGAAAAAGACGGACAAGAAGCGGGCGCUCAGGAGGCUGUAGUGGGUUCUUCCUCCCACCCCUGACCCAACUCUUCCCCCACUUGUUCCUUCCCUCCCACUCUGUCUCUAAGUUAUUUAAAUUAUGGCUGGGCUGGGGAGGGCUGAGGGGGGCACUGGGACCUGGAUUUGUUUUUCUAAAUAAAGUUGGAAAAGCAACUUC